GAACUGCAACUGAUGUCUGCGAGCGGGUCGAAAAUAAAAGCCACUGGGCCAGCUGCUCGACAAAAACAAGUGGGACAGCUAGAAUGGAGAGUACCGACCACAGUAUACCCAUUACUUGAUAUUUAAGAUAGGAACAACGGAACAGGAUGUCUAUAAAAAACUAAUGUAUAAAUGACUCUCAGGUAUUGGGAAUACACCUGAUAUUUUCUGGAUAAAAGGUAUUAUCUGUUACUUGAACAUAAUAUACCCCUUAAUACUGCGCUUGAAAAGCUCCCUCUCCCACCCAUUUAUCUUCCCAUUGCGUAAAGAGAGAGUAAAAGAGCGAGCGUUGUAAAUGUGUGGGGGUUUUGGCGAGAGUAGAUGGGAGAGAAAGCUUCCGUUGCUUUUGUAAACCUCAAUGUGUUAUGUCAAUGUAAGCGGUUACUUGACCAUUCGAUCAGCUAAUGGAGCUAUUAACGGAAGUUUAGAGCAGGGAGUUGCAUUCAGAUGAAAAAAUACACAAGUGUUGUUAUCCGCUGUUAAGCUACUAGAAUACGAAUAAUUUUAAAAUCACAUAUUGUUAAUUUUACAUUAUGGUUUUCAAGCUAAGCAUAGACUUUAGUAUCUGUGAUAUUGAAAUUAUUAUGCAUUCUGUUAUUUUAUAUGCCAGAGUAUUCUUCAUUGAUUUGUUAUCAAUUGCUCGAGUAAAGUGUAGUAAACGACACCUAAGUUUUCCAUUGCCCCAUUUAGAAAUAAAAGUAAUUUGAACACUCCCUUUUGGUGGCAAAUUAAAAACACUUAUUUACCCACAAAUAAUUGAUUCUCUGCCGACAUCGGGUCCAUAUAGAGUUUCACUUCAUGGGUUUAGGGGGCUACUGGGAAGUUGAAACGUUCCUUUGGUUAUUCCGAUGGAUCUUCUCCCACCCAUCACUCCACGAAAUACUCUCUGGAUUCAGAAAAUCAGAAAGUCAAUCAAUAGCAAGUGACAGGUUAUCAUGAAAGAACUAUUUAGAAUGAGCAACCACAACAGAUAAUUGCACAAUUGUCAGUGUCAGACUUUUGCCACCAAUCGCACUCGCACUGCGCCGUGGGUUUCCAAUGAGGAAUGUAAUUGGAUUAGGCAGCAACCAAGUCCGAGACCCAGUCUCAGUUUCAGUCCCAAUUGCAACGGGAACACGCGGUUGUGCUCCAGAUUGCUACGAAUCCGUAGUCCGAGCUGCAGGAUUGCAUAAUCUGGAAGCAUGAGCAAGGAAAAUCGCUCGAAAAUCGCUUUCAAGCGAAAAACGAGUAACGGUAACAAGAAUGGCCAGUUAACGGAUUACGAACGCAUCCGAGGGGAUCUGGAAGUGGUUGUCCCGAGCCCACCUCCUCCUCCAGUUGUGCCACCCAGUGCAUCCUUAGGGAAACUCAAGAUAAAGUUGAGUUCUGCCAAAAUUUCCCUACGAAAAAACUCGCAGACUUCGCAAAAUAAUCUACAGACUGCUCCCUUACCAGACGCAGUGCGUCGCAAAUCAGCACCACAGCUUUUUAGCUUCACCAUUGCCCCAAAGAGCGAAGUGACUUCGAAAAUACAUCUCCCCUCAGUGCCAAAGCUACCGGGUUUGACACCAAAGAGCUCCAUCCGAAGGUCAAGGACUUUGGGCUUGUCGAAUAUUGCCCAGGGUGCAGGGUCAUCAGGUACAGGGCUAUCCAAUGUCGAACUCGGUGUGCAGGAUAGGGACAGUGGCAGUGAGCCUACUAGCAGCUUGGCUGGAGGAGGUAGCUCUACUUCCCCUGAAUCCCUGUUGGAUAACAUACUUAGCGGAGCCUCCUCCGUUUCCGUACAAAGUAGUAGCAGCAGCCAGGCUAGUAAUGCUACGGUGGCACAGCCCAUAAAAGCAAAGGAGCAACUGCAUCCCAAGAGGCUACUCAGCUUGAAGGCUUCUCCGGAGCUGAGAGUAUCUCCUCCAACUCCAGACACUACUCUACCCCAGGUGCAGAUGCCACCUCAACUUUUGCUUGCACUGACUCCAAGACCAGAGAUCUUCGAUGCACCCUCACCACUGACCAGGAGUCCCUCACGAUCUCCCGCAAUCUCUCCCCCCGUGUCACCAUCACCCAGCAUUACUUUGAGGCCGAGUACCCCUCCCGAGAGCACCGUAAUCUUCACAGAUGAUCUCAAGUGCGGCAUCUGCCUGGAUGUUUACACUGAUCCCAGGACACUGCACUGCUUGCACUCCUUUUGUCUCCAAUGUCUGGUCAGUGAGAACUUUAAGGACGAAUCUUUGUGGGAACAGGAUCAAGCUCGCAGUGAGGAGCCCUCGAACUACAGCCUAAGAUCGGAGAUGGGUGGAUCUAGUGCGGAACUUACUGCGACAGUAUCACCCGCUAGGCAGCGAGGUUCCAGUUUUACUUUGAGAAGAAAGAAGUCCAUGGAUCGCCUAGUGAUCAGGUCCAAGAGUGAAGGAAAGCGAUCGACCAGUUCCAUCGGCACCCGAUUCACCGGAAGCUUUGCGAGCGAGGUAUCCACCCGCUGCAUCCGGUGUCAUACCUGUAACUAUCCCACGGAUCUUCCGUUAGGUGGAGUACGUCAGCUUCCACAGAACUACUUGCUAGUGAGACGCAUAGAGGUCUUGCGACUACAGGCUGGGGAGGAUGUAAUCUCCAGGGUCUGGUGUUCUCUUUGCACAGAGGAGAUCAGCGCCACCUACCACUGCAUAAGCUGCACUUUAAACCUCUGCACCUUGUGCAAGGAGGCACACGAAAGGCAAAGGAGCACCGCUAGCCAUCGGAUGAGAAGCAUCAUGGAGCUUAGACGCGCCAGGAAGCAAAAGCAACAGCAGAUGGGAUUGGGAGAUAGUAGCAAACUAGUGCUACGAUGCGGAAUCCAUACCAACUUUGAGCUGAAGGCAUUCUGCACCAACUGCCGUCAGCUGGCCUGCACCGACUGUUUGGUGCUCCUUCAUAAAGGUCAUCGACAUGAGACCAUAUCCCGGGCAAUUGGACAUCAGGGUAAGCUACUCAAAGAAGCUACGGAGCAAACUCGUCCCCUUUGUCAAUAUGCGGAGCACUCCAUCGAAAGGUUGAAUGCCAUAGCACGUGGAAUCAACGACAGGUGUGACGACAUCCAGACUCAAGUGGAGCGGUACAUGCAGCAGUACAUGGAGGCCCUGGAAGCACAUCGCAAGACUCUGCUCCAGCAAAUCAGCAGAGCCAGGGAGUCCAAAGUGGAGGUCGUGCUCAAGCAGCAACUUGAUUUGGAGAAACGCACUCAGCAGGCCAUGGAUGCGGUUAGAUUUAGCCAAGAGCUGUGCGAGAUUGGUGCUGAUGUGGAGAUUCUGAGUUAUGUGACUAUACUUCUAAGGCGUUUGGAGUACUGUCAGCAAUUUAAGCCGCCUGUGGAUCCCAAGAUAUCCGACUCGCUUCACUUCCUUCCAAAAAUCCGUGCUCCGUCGACAAAGGAUCAGCGCGAUAUCCCUCUAUAUGGCAUCAUCACCAUGCAGGUAGUGGAGCCUGGUCUUUGCACCCUGGAGUGGGAGGGAUUUUCCCAGCUGCGCCUCCACAAAAAAGCGGAUCUUCUGCUUCACUCUAGAGAUGCGGACGGGGUUUCCCUCUGCCACGGUGGCCUGGAGAUCAACUGCAUGCUGAAGUACAAGGACUCCAGUUCCAAGUUUCUACCCGUGGAGGUGUCGGACAAUCGUGAUGGCACCUACAACAUCUCCUUCACCCCGGAUGCCCAGGGCACGUUGAUUCUCACGAUCACCAUUAACGACCGGCCCAUCAAGGGAGGUCCUUUCACUUUUCAGGCGCGACAGGUUCGUCCACAUACGGGAAUCUACCACUGCUGCUCCUUCUGUUCCGGAAAGGGCAACCGGAACGUGAUGUGCUCGUGUGAGGGUCGCAUGCCUGGAUAUAGUGGCUGCGGUCAUGGGCAUGCUGGACAUCCAGGGAGACGUCACUGGUCCUGCUGCGGUAAUGUCCUUGAGAACUCGGAAUGCAAUGUGGCCAACAAACUGCUUAAUUCUUAAGUUAAUUGAUAAAGAUGUACGGCUUUAAAACUAAUAAAUGAAUACAUAACCAGG